AUGGCUGGUGUAAAAUCUUCUAUUCUUCCUGGAAUUUGUUGGGUUCAUAAGGAAGUUGUGAAUAAUACAAAAUGCAUCAUUGGAGAUGGUAGGAAUACGUCUCUUUUCUAUGAUGUGUGGUAUGGAAGUGAGACUUUGGCAAGUGUUCUUAAUCGUUCAGACUUGGACAGAUCAGGUCGGGUUUGUGAUAUUAUUUCACAUGGUAAUUGGCUGUUGCAAGGAGCUCACUUGCAAGAUCUUGUAUGUGCUGGUGUGGUUAUGGAGAAUUUGCCAACGCUUUGUAGUGGGAGGGACAAGAGGAUUUGGAUGCCUGAUAUGAAGGGUGUGUUUUCAGUUAAGUCAGCUAGAGAAUUGAUUAGAAAGAAGUUCCCUACUAUGAAAGAAGCUUCGCUAUUGUGGAGGAAAGUUGUGCAUCCUUCUUUGGCGGCUCAGAAUUGGAAGUUUGUUCGGGGAGCGUGUGCAACUCUUGAUAAAGUUCGCAGCAGGUUUAAGAUUCAAUUGGCUUCUAGGUGCAGCGUUUGUCAAAUUGAAGAGGAGACACUUCAGCACGUCCUCUGGAGCUGUAGUUUUGCGCAAAAAGCUUGGAACUGGAUAGCAGGUAUUUUCAAUAUAAAACCUUAUUAUGAUUUGAUCACGUCUUACAAUGGAGCUAGGCUUCAAAGUGGCAUUGUUAGGGAUUUGUGGCUGGUAGCAAAUUUGGUUGUGCGAUCUGAACUUUGGUUUGAUGAGUGCUAA